GUUGAAUUGGAAAUGGAAAAAUAUAAUUAUCGCCACGUAGGUAAAUAAUUCUAGGAAAAUAUUUAAAGAAAAAUAAUUAUUUAUUCAAAAACAAAAAUCAAUAUAAAUAUUUCAUGGUGGUGUGAAUGACAGCUAGAAAUUGUAUAUAAAAUUUAUGAUAAAUAAAUAUAUUAAUGUUUUAAUUAAACGAUACAAGAUGACGAAACCACUUUUGAUGAGUUUUGAUUUCGAUCAUACAAUAAUUGAUAAAAAUAGCGAUAUUGUUAUUCGUGAAUUGCUUCCAAAUGAAUAUGCAGAGACUAUUAAAAAAUUGUAUAAGUCAUGCGAUGGUUGGACAAUGCUGAUGAAAAAUAUAUUUGAAUUAUUAUACAGCAAUAAAAUAACUAAAGAUGAAAUAAACAAUACAAUAAAUAGUAUUCCUGCUGUACAAGGAUUUGAAGAGCUUUUAAAAAAUUUAAAUUCAAAUAACUGUGAAGUUAUUAUUAUCAGCGAUUCAAAUUCUGUAUUUAUAGAAAAUUGGUUAAAAUAUAGACAAUUAGAUCAUACUGUUAAUAAAAUAUUUACAAAUCCUGCUUGGUUUGAUGACAAGGGUUUAUUAAAUAUUGAACCGUAUCAUCAACAAAAUUGGUGUACCUUAAGUGAAAAAAAUUUAUGCAAAGGGUAUAUUUUAGAAAAUUAUAUUAAAGAAAGAAUUGAAAUUGGAGUAAGUUUUGAUAAAAUCGCAUAUGCUGGAGAUGGUAAAAAUGAUUUAUGUCCAAUUUUAAAAUUAUCUGAUAAAGAUAUUGCAUUUCCUCGACAAGACUAUCCAAUAAUAAAACUAUUGAAUGCUCCAGACACUAAAAAAAAUGUUAAAGCCCAAGUCAUUCCAUGGAAAACUGGUACCGACAUUUGGAAUGCACUUGUUAGUAAAAUUAAUCUAUAAAUAUACAAUGCUUUUUAUUAAUUAAUAUUUAUUAUAAAUUAAGUAAUAAAUAGUAUUCGAUUCUCAGACAAUAAAGUAUCAAUCUAAUUAAAUAAUUUAGUACAAAAACUUAAUUAUUAUUAUAAUUUUUGUUAAUUAUUUAUUGCAUAAUUUUAAGUUUAAUAGUUAAAUUUAUUUUGUGUCUUAAUUAUUCAACCAUAGGGGAGAAUUACCGCUUUUUUACUACUUUCGGUCCAGUUGUGAACACUCGAAAAAUUUAUAUAAAAUAAUUUAAAAGACGCAAUUAUAUAAUUAAUUUUUCAAAUAUAUGGAGAGAUAAUUCUACCACACUGUUAUAAUGGAAAUUUUAUUUUAUACUUUUUGAUUAAUUAAAAUAAAAUAUUAAAUGAUCAAAAAUGGA